UAACUGUUUCUAGUUAGCAUAAGAAAGUGAUUAAAAAAAAUUAAACUUAAAAAUUAUAAUUGAUUUUGAAAUUAACUUAUUUUGACAAGUCAUUUCUGGUACUAUAUUAUAAACCUCCAAUCAAGCUCUCUUUCUUUGUUUGUCUUCCGUGGCAGCAACAAACAAGUAGCAGUUCGUUUGGAUGAUGAAGCUUCUGCGUCUUCUUCCUCUCUCUUCUCUCGUCAUCUUCUUCAUUUUCCCCAUUUCACACUCAAUUCCCUUCAUUGUUCUUCACGGUAUUUCUGACGAGUGCUCUAGUCAUGGAGUUAAAUCAUUCACGGAGAAAUUGGUUAACUACUCUGGUGUUCCGGGAUUUUGCGUUGAAGUAGGCAAUGGAUCAUGGGAUUCAUGGUUUAUACCUUUGCAAGAGCAGACAAAUAUUGUUUGCGAGAAGGUGAAGAAAAUGAAAGAACUGAAAGGAGGAUACAACAUUGUUGGCCUCUCCCAGGGAAAUUUGAUUGGUCGAGGUGUGGUCGAGUUUUGUGAAGGAGGACCUCCCGUUAAGAACUUUAUCUCUUUAGCAGGUCCUCAUGCUGGUACUGCUUCAGUUCCCCUGUGUGGUACAGGUGUCUUUUGCGUCAUUGCAGACAAUCUCAUCAAGGGAGAGGUUUAUAGUAGCUAUAUUCAAGAACACUUGGCUCCUAGUGGAUAUCUUAAAUUACCAAAUGCUUUACCCGAAUACUUGGAGAACUGUAGGUACCUCCCUAAGCUCAAUAAUGAAAAACCUGGUCAGAGGAAUUCCACUUACAAGGAAAGAUUUAGUAGCUUAAAGAAUUUGGUACUUAUAUUGUUUGAGCAAGAUACAGUUUUAAUACCAAGAGAAACAUCCUGGUUUGGUUAUUAUCCCGAUGGCUCCUUCAAGCCAACUUUACCACCACAAAAGACAAAACUCUACACUGAAGAUUGGAUUGGCUUAAGAACUUUAGACAAAGCUGGCCGCGUCCAUUUCAUUAGUGUUCCAGGAAAACAUCUGGGAAUAUCAGACGCAGAUAUGAAGAAACAUGUAGUGCCAUAUUUGAACGACCAAAGAUCAAGAGAAGAUAGAACUACUGAGGCUGGCUUUCGAAGGAUGCGUGGAUUUAACCGAAGAUUUAUUCAAAUCAACAAGAUGAUGUAAUAUCAUCAAGCUCCAGCCACGGCAUUACUACUAUAGAUUGAUCAUUGUCAUCUAGGUAGUGUAUACCACUCAAGGUAUUUUUAAUGAAUAUGAAAAUUGGGGAGAAAAAAAAUUACAAUCCUACUAGAGUGUUUUUAAUAUGUUUUGCAAAGGUGAUUAUUACAUUGCUGAUUUUUGGAAAAUUUACAUUAGUAUUGUAAAAGCCAUCAGAAGAAGACAUUUACAGUUAAAAAAAGUAUGAUAAAAAAGUUACUUUUACAGUAAAAAUUAAUCUUAAUCCUAUUAAUGAUCUACAUUGUUGGUUUAUGUGAACCUUAAUCCCUAUUAAUUAUCUACAUUGUUGGUUUA